AUGAAGGAGUGCCUGGCAGCUCGCUCUGCCCACGUGACAGAGCUGGAGGAGGACCUGGACACGGCCAGGAAGGACCUCCUCAAGUCCGAGGACGUGAACGUGAAACUGCAGCGGGACAUCAAGUGUUGCCCCGCACUGCCUGUGGGCACUGGCUGGGCGUGGAGCGUCAGGCCGGGCCUGUGCUGGCGCGGCAGCCGGGAGCAUUGCCCGGAGCUCAGUGAGCCGCUGAGACACCAUCGGUUGGCGGGCGGCCGGCGGUGUCGGCUUAGGAAGGUAGAACGUGUGCCUCGCGCGUCCCGCACUUGCCGCUGCCUGCUGCCCGCGCUAGCUCGCCACAGGCAGUCCAAGGAGGGGGCGCAAUGGCCACGGGCGGAAGACAGACAGGGCAGCAUCGAGGAGAGGCUGCGCCAGAUGGAGGCCCAGCUGGAGGAGAACAAGGAGCUGCAGCAGGGCCAGCUGAUUCUAACCCUGGAAACCCUGAGAGCCGAACUGGACCAGACGAGACUGCGAGGGGCUCCCUUCCACCACGGGCAACCCCACUUGGGCAGCACCCUGGACCUCAGGUUCCCUGUGGUGGACCAGCCGGCAGACUCCUCAGGCAAUGGGGCGGUGCUGCAGCACCCCCAGAAAGGCUGGCUGGCAGCGCUGUGCGACGAGCCAUCCAAGGUGCAGACCGAGAAGGAGCAGGACUGGGAGCGCGCACAGCAAGCCAGCGUGCUGGCCGACGUGGCCCAGGCGUUCCAGAGUGAUGAGGGCGUGUCUGACGGCGAGGGCGACAGGGUCACCCUCUUCAGCUCGGCCACUCAGCUGUCGCCCAUUGGGCAGGCCGAUGCCAAGACUCUGAGUAUGAGGCUGCAGGAGCAGCUGGACACCAUCAACGAAGAGAUCAGGUUGAUGGAGGAAGAGAAGGAGAACACGGAGCAGUGGGCCGAGGAGACUGAGAGCAGGGAGGGCAGGGGGAGCUUAGGCAGCCUCCGUCGUUAUAAAUCGGUGAGCUCCCUCAACCUGCUUGCUGGCUCCUCAGGUGCCGGCUCCUACCUGCCCCUGCCCAAGCCCAGAAGGAGGGGGCGCCGCCCGGCGCAGGAGGGAGACCAGCUGGGCAUCAUGACUGUGCUGCCAGCUUUACGGGAAGAGGUAGGAGAUGACGAGACUGCUAUCAAAUCUAAAACCUCGACCCCCACAACGCCGCGGUCCCUUCGGCUGGACCGCCUGCACACGGGGUCGCUGCGCACAGCCAACCAAGAGGACAUCAGGGACGCCCACAACUCGACAGGCUCUGAGGACAGCCCCGAGAACAACCCCAGCAGCAGCAGCAGCAGCAGGCAGGACUCGCUGCACAAAGCCCCGAAGAAGAAGGGCAUCAAGUCCUCCAUCCGCCGCUGGAUUCAUAGGAAGGAAAAGGGCCGGCCUGAACACCCCGGCAAGGAGGCGUUAUCACCAGAGGGGCCCGUCAGCCCUUGGAGGGACAGUUGGAACCAGAAUGAAAACCGAGGCCAUGGUCAGCAGUACCCACCCACACGGCCCGGGGGUCGUGGUGUCAUUCACCGGGCUUCCUGCGUCCCCAGAGCAGCCCGCCGCUGUGGAAGGGACACCCAUGUGCGCGGACACGAGGGAGCCUCGGCCGUACUCUCACCAAUCCAGCGGCAGCGGGGCGCCAGGGUCACGUUCUCUGCUGCCGAGGGCUCCCUGGGCCGACCUCCGGAGACCCGCUGA